AGUCCCAGGGCCGGUUCUGACCCCCCCCCCUCUCUCCCCGCAGGCCCGCACUCGCUGCGCUAUUUCUACACAGCGGUGUCGGAACCCGGCCCGGGGCUGCCCCCGUUCACCGGGGUCGGGUAUGUGGACGAUCAGCUCAUCGUCGACUACAGCAGCGAGCGGGUCAAGGCGCAGCCCAGCGCGGAGUGGAUGGCGCGGAACACGGACCCGCAGUACUGGGACCAGAACACGCAGAACUUCCAGGGCGCGCAGUCCACGUUCCGAACUAACCUGAACACGCUGCGUGAGCGCUACAACCAGACCGGGG